AAAACAAAGCGUCAGUCAAACGGCGAGCCCUCGGCGGUUGAAGAUGCGGGCUGAGAAGGGAAGGGUGGUCGGCUCAGGGUGCAAUUGAAUGAGCGACUCCGGGUGAGGAAGCUGCAACUCUGGCCGUGGAGAGGAGGAAGGAGCAUGGGGGAGCGCGCAGGAAGAGGCUGUCUCGGCAAAGACGCUGCAGCGAGGAAGGAAUGGCGCGCAGGGGCCAGGGUCCGCCACGCCGCGCCGUGAUUGGCCGGCGGCGGGCCCUGGGAAAUGAGGGCGGCCAACUAAAAUUAUCGCUCGUCGUCGCCGCUAGCCUUCAUCUUCGUGACUUCGCGUUUCAGGCCUGGCAACAUGCCUCGUCGCGCGCCUCCGCCAGCGUGCGGCUCAGAGUUCGCAGUCGGGGCUGGGGGCGGCGGCCCUUCGUCUCCAGCGACGGGCGACGGGCGACGGGCGACGGGUUGACGGGUGACGGGUACACAGUCAGAUGUACUUACUGUACAUACGGAGCUCCGUACCAACAGCGACCAAGAAUAACACACGCUGUGCGCCUAAUCUACUGCGCGCUUGAGUGCAUACCCGGCUGCAGCUUGUUUGUUUAGAUGGCCUCGUCUUCUGCGACGCCCCAAUGAGCGCACGCUCGCCGCGCCGUAUGCAUGACUCCGCAUUCGUGCCUGGAGGGCUCUCGAUCUCUGAGGGUGUCCACGGUGCGCGGUACUAGGUAGAUGGGA